AUGAGAUUUCUGAAGGAAAUCUCAAAAGCUGCAUGGAUGCCUGAGCGAGCAGUGCUCGUGCUGCUAUUACUGAUCCUGACAGAGUGCGCCACAUUUGCAUACUCACCUUUCUCUUUCCGAUCGUCUUUCCGACACGAGUUUCGCAAAAAUGAUCCCGGAAGAGUCAAACACAAAAUCCCACCAAAGAACCUCGCUUCUUCACCGAACGCUCCACCCAAGUUUCUGGAUCAGAAUUUCCUCUACAACAUCAUGAACGUGGCUCAGUACUUGCAAUCUCUUCCAACUGGUUGCAAUUAUGAAGGCAAUCGCUAUACCUGCAACAUAGGUCUGGGUUGCAUUUUUCAAGGUCAACGCCCUGUCGACUUAUGCAAUGGAGGAUUGUUAUGGAGUUGUUGCGUCCCCAGGAAUAUUGUUCCAUCUCUCAUCAAUUUAGUAAACGAACCAGAAUGUGGUCGAACUCACAUGAGAUCCGGCAAGAUUGUUGGUGGAGAAAAUGCCAACUUUGGUGAACAACCGUGGCAGGUUGCAAUAGUCAAGCAGUCGUUCUUGUAUAGGAAGAUUUCUUGCGGAGGUGCAUUGAUUAACCGUCAAUGGGUGGUUACUGCUGCACAUUGCGUAGCAAGGUCUCAGACUUCUAGCUUGAAGGUCCGCUUAGGCGAACAUGACAUUAGGCAAACUACAGAAGCCUAUGCUCAUGAAGAAUUGGCUGUAAGGCGUAAAGUUGUGAAUCCUGGCUAUAACCCUGCCAACUACCAACACGAUAUUGCACUGCUUCAGUUGCAAAGACCGAUUAGAUUUCGAAGGCAUGUCAUUCCAGUCUGCUUACCUUUCUUUGGAGAAGAAUUUGCUGGGCAAAAGGCAACUGUAACUGGAUGGGGUAGAACACGAUACGGAGUCCGUGAUUCUCCCGGAAUAUUACAAAAAGUGGAACUGGAAGUGAUUGACCAUACUGAGUGCCAAGAUUGGUAUAAAAGCAUUGGGAGAAAGGAAACAAUAUUCUCUACCAUGGUCUGUGCUGGUUACAAAGAAGGAGGAAAGGAUUCAUGCCAGGGUGAUUCUGGUGGUCCCCUUACAGCUGUGAAGAACGGAAGGACCGUUUUAGUAGGACUCGUCUCGUGGGGCGUAGGAUGUGCUAGACCCAAGCUGCCAGGAGUCUACACAAAAAUUUCUGAGUAUGUUACUUGGAUAGAUCAAGUCACUAACAGAAACUAA